AUGUCUAUCAGCACUACCGCAAAAGCCGCCCGCUCUGCAUCCUCGCCAUUCUCCCGCGCCGCAUUCUCGCAGACUAGGCGCGCGUACGCAACAGCAGCGCACGGGAAGGAAGCCGUCAGGAUCGUCGAAGUCGGACCGCGUGAUGGUCUGCAGAACGAGAAGGCAGUCAUCCCGGUGGAGACGAAGGUCGAGCUCAUCAAUCGGCUUGCACGCGCGGGGUCGACGGUUAUCGAGGCGGGCAGCUACGUGAGCCCGAAAUGGGUACCACAAAUGGCCGGUACAGCGGAGAUCAUGUCGAAGAUUGACAAGGCACCCGGAGUGACCUACCAAGUCCUCGUCCCCAACAUGAAAGGUCUCGAAUCCGCCUUCGCCACCCUCGACGCCCAGCCCUCCAACCCACCCAUCGACGAAGUAGCCAUCUUCACCGCCGCGACUGAUGCCUUCUCCAAAGCCAACACCAACUGCACCGUCGCUGAGUCUCUUGAGCGUCUUGCACCCGUAACCCGCGCGGCACUCGACAGAGGGCUGAAAGUGCGCGGAUAUGUGAGCGUGGUUGUUACGUGCCCGUAUAGUGGGAAGGUGGAUUAUGAGAGGGUGAGAGAUGUUACGAAGGAGUUGUUGGAUAUGGGGUGUUAUGAGGUCAGUUUGGGCGAUACGGUGGGCACGGGCAAUCCGAGUAGUGUUGCGGAGAUGUUGGAGGUUGUUAUGAAGAGGAAUCCAGUUGAGAGGUUGGCGGGCCAUUUCCAUGAUACAUUCGGCAUGGGCGUCGCAAACGCAGUGAAAGCUAUCAACAUGGACAUUCGCACAAUUGAUAGCAGCAUAGCCGGUCUCGGUGGCUGCCCCUACUCUCCCGGCGCGACUGGCAACGUCGCGACAGAAGACAUCUUAUACGCGUUGAAGGACACCAAGUAUGAUGCGCCAGGAGAUCUUGAGAAGCUGGUGGAUGUGGGCUUCUGGAUAUCCGAGCAACUCGGGCGGAAUAAUGAGAGUCGAGUCGCAAAGGCGAUCAGGGCACGGCGUGCUCGUGAGCACGGUGCAAAGGCGAAGCUAUGA